AUGAAAAAGGCAGAGACGAUACGUUGGCUUGGAAAGCUUACGGAACAUCCAAGCUAUACAAUUGUAGCAGCGUACUACAACAAUGGUUUGCAGUCUGGCCGGUUGAGUCCAUACUAUAGCCAUAUCAGACAGGAUACAAUUGAUAACUUGGUUGAAAAAGUUGAGCAGAGUGUCAGGGAGAAGAAGGACAAUCCAAUAUUCAUCAGUGACAAGCAGAGUCUUCUGCAUGAAAAACAUCUUGGCUCUGAUGUUGGUGGUGUCCAUCAGGUGGACUCCAUGUCAGAUAAUCACCAUGAUUACUUUGGAGGAGCAUCGACAUCACAAAUUGAGGGUUCCAGCCAUCCAAGUAGCAAUGAGGAUCUCCCUCUUAAGACGCAUUAUGUCAGUCCAUCACUAGAUACCUUGCUGCAAACGGAGAGCAUCCGCAAGCAAGUUGAGAAUGAUGCUAUUCAAAACAUGAUGAAAAGUCUUGAUGAAAGCAGGACUGUGAGCCAGCAUCAAAUGGAGUCAGACGCUUUGUACGGGGAUGGUUUGGAGAACAUGAAUCAGAAGGAAGAGACAGGCAUAACAACUCUUUUGUCAUAUCGCAUUGACGCCAAGACCCAAUCAAUGAGUUCUUGCCAGAUGAUGACGAUGCUGGCGUGUACCUUUCCAUGGCUCUUCCCUAUUGGAAAAGCUUAUGGAAGACGUUCUGGUAACCUCAAUGGCAAGGAGUUGAACCAUUUGCUGAAACAGUUUAGUAUGAUUCAUGGUCAGGACAGACAAAUGUUGGAUUUGCAGUCAUAA